AUGCCAAGACGGAUGUUAAUGCCUCACAAGUCUGUUUUCUCUUACUCCCGGGCUCCAAAGUGGCUGAAUGUUACCUGUACGAUGAACUCAGCCGGAAGUGGUUACCGUGUGUUCUCAGCAAAUUCCAGCGCUGCCUGCAUUGAAUUGGCCAAGAAGAUUACAGAGCGAUUGGGGGUAGAAUUGGGCAAGGCAGUCGUCUACCAAGAGACUAAUGGAGAAACCAGAGUGGAAAUCCAGGAGUCUGUUCGUGGACAGGAUGUAUUUAUUAUACAGACCAUCCCAAGAGAUGUGAACACAGCAGUCAUGGAGUUAUUGAUCAUGACUUACGCACUGAAGACCUCAUGCGCCAAGAACAUCAUUGGGGUUAUUCCCUAUUUUCCCUACAGCAAACAGUGCAAAAUGCGCAAGAGGGGGUCCAUUGUUUGCAAACUGCUGGCUUCCAUGCUGUCCAAUGCUGGGUUGACUCACUUCAUUACAAUGGACCUGCAUCAAAAAGAGAUCCAGGGAUUCUUUAAUUUUCCUGUGGACAACCUCCGAGCUUCCCCUUUCCUGCUACAGUACAUACAGGAAGAGAUUCAGGAUUACAGAAAUGCAGUAAUAGUUGCAAAAUCUCCGGAUGCAGCAAAAAGGGCACAGUCUUAUGCAGAGCGUCUGCGUCUUGGACUUGCAGUGAUUCACGGUGAGGCGCAGUAUGCAGAAGUUGACAUGGCAGAUGGACGUCACUCUCCACCCACUGUAAAGAACGCAACUGUCCACCUAGGACUAGAGAUCCCUUUGAUGAUAGCGAAGGAAAAGCCGCCCAUUAGCGUGGUAGGCGACGUUGGGGGACGUAUUGCUAUCAUAGUGGAUGACAUCAUUGAUGAGGUAGAAAGCUUUGUGGCUGCAGCAGAAAUCCUUAAGGAGCGUGGAGCUUACAAGAUAUAUGUAAUGGCCACACAUGGUAUUUUGUCUGCAGAUGCUCCUAAUCUCAUUGAGGACUCUUCCAUUUUUGAGGUUGUAGUGACCAACACUGUCCCUCAUGAGGUGCAAAAGUUGCAGUGCGCAAAGAUCAAAACGGUGGAUAUCAGCCUUAUUCUCUCAGAGGCUAUUCGUCGAAUCCACAAUGGGGAGUCCAUGUCUUACCUCUUUCCGCAAUAUUGCAAUGGAUGACUGA